AAUAAUUUAGUAAUAAACUCUAUAAAUCAAAAUACAAGAAAACAAAAACCGUAUUUCCAGUGAUUUUGAUUAUUUUUAGUUAAGUAAAAAAGUAUAAUAUAUUAAUAAAGCUUUACAUUGAGAGUCAACAAUUUCCAGAACCCUGCAUGAAAUUGUUUUAAACACAUAAAUAACAAAUAUUGGCAGCUUCUUUUUAACAACAAAAAUGUUCUCAGCGACGACGGCUCCCAAAAAACAUCCUUUUUUGAAUGGGAUCUUGCAAAUAAGCGGUCAACGAAAUUUCACUAUACCCUUGGAAAACGAUGAUAUUUUCUUAGUUUGCCAAACGUUUUGGAAGGAAAAAGCUUUAUUUGCACCUGUUUCUGAAAAAGGGGCUAAUCUAACAGAAACAUUUAGUGUUACACACAAUAACCAGUUUUUAGAAAAAGUACAAAACAAUUGCUUAAAUAUUGAGCUAUCCAAAAUAAGAGCUAACUCAAAUCCCGAAGUAAUUGGUUCGUUGCGAUUACCAUUGCAUCAAUUUUACAUCGCUUACCGUGACGCAUCUUUAACAAAUCAUCUUAACGACGGGCAGUUUCCAGUGAUAUCAACAAACAAAUGGGUUUCAGUUACAAGUUCAAUGUCGGGUGAACAAAUAGGUGAACUGGAAUGUUUUCUAGCAAUGGGCACUGAAAAGCAAAUCGAGAAUAUUAAAAACUCAAGAAUACAUUCAGCUAAAACAGGGAACAUUGAAUCAACCACAGGGCAGAGCGCAUCUAAUUAUAUUCCCAUAAAGAAAUCGUUGCAAAAUGAUUCAAUCUUACCUAUAAAUUCAAAAACAAGCAAAACAUCCGAUCUGUUAGCAGUACUUCAGAAGUCACUAUCAUCAACGUCUUAUAUAAGUCCUGCACAGCCAGGAAUAAAAUUAGCAGAAAGUAAUUCCUUUAGGAUAGUUUUGGAAAUUAAAAGCGCCCGGAAUUUACCAACAAUUCAGUCUCAUAAACUUAAGAAAAAGAUUAAUCGAUCUUUGGGCACAAAGGGAAGCCAAAAUACCGAUCGAACGGGUGAGCAGCCAAGUACCUAUGUUACAUUUCAAGCUAAAGAAGGAGACGGUCCUAUGGUCAAAUCUCACGAAGGAAUGGUGUAUUCUACUGUAGUAGUUGAAAAGAACUCAAAUCCUGCUUGGAAUGUAGAGUUCUGUGUAUCGGCUUCCGUCAACUAUCUUAUAAAUAAACACGAACGAUUUAUUCUUAAGGUUUGGAAGAGAGUUGGCAAAACUAGUGCACAAGGUCAAACCAUACCAUGUCCCAUGGAAGAUGCAAUAAUUGGCUUUGCGCCAAUAGACUUAUUCGACUUAGUAGAAAAUAAGCCCGUCAUAAAUGGUUGGUUUGAUAUCGUCGACUUCAGUGGACACAUCAAUGGUCAAAUACACAUUGUUGCAAAACCAGUUGACGAUGUAAAAGAGCUCAAAGAAUUUCUGCGCAAUAACCAAGUUGAUAAUUUGCUUCAUAACUUCGAAUCAAGCUUAGAUAUAAAUAACAUGAAUCUUUGUCGAGCAAUUAAACGGAAAUUCACAGAACUUGAAGAAAUAUCAGAAAGGUUGAAAAGUCGUUUGUUGGACGUGACAGGGAGUGCGGAGGUCUGCAAAAUAGCCAGAGAUAUAAGUGAUGAGCAGUUGGAUGAAUUCGAACACGAUUUAAAUACUUCAGUAUGCGAAGAUGAUAAUGAAAGUUUCACCAGUCAUACGAACAGUUUAAACAUUUCAUCACAUUCAUCAUCACAAGCACAAUAACUUAAGAACACAGAUUUUCUACAGGAUAACCAAAGCCUUUUUGAAAUAAAUUGCUGCUUAUCAAAAAUAA